GGGGUCGAAUGUCGGAUGUGUCCUACUCUACAACGGAUAACAUCACCAUCACCUACCUACUAUAAUACGUUCAAAUUUGUAGAAUCAUCGAAUUGAACCUAAGAACUUUCGCAAUGGCUGGGCACGUAAAUAUGAUGGACGACUGUCUGAUAUCAAACUUACCGCCAGCUACUCUGAGAUCGGCUCUCCGCCUCCUCGUCUCACAGGGUUCUAGCACACAACGACCCUUCGUUGAACAUAUUCGCACCAAAUUCUUUGAAAGCCCGCCUAAAUUCGAGCCUCCAGAGAGAUUGUUCUCCGAUGAUGAUGUUGUUACCUCUGAGUGUUUGGCAUACCUCGCGCAGACAAGAUGCAUCUUCUCGUGCAAGCUAGCCCAGGAAUCACUCCCAUACCUAGACCAUUUCAUGAAAGCCAUACCGCAAUCCGGCGUUAAAUGGACAGAAACAAGCGCGCUAUGCCAAACGCUCCAAAACUUCGACGGCGACAUCGUCCAAGCCGUCCAAGCCCUCAAAGAGUCGCGUCCGGAAGCGACUCCAGAACUACUAACCUUGCUGCAAAACCUGGUAACCAGCAUAGAAGACUGUCGCAACUACUGCCAUGGCCCCAGCCCACUACCCUUCACAUUCACGCGCGCCCUCCGACAGCUCCGCGACGUGAUACAGAUCCUAUUCCCCUCCCAUCCGGGCCCGGAGACCGCGCGGGAAUCGGAAGGGCUAGCCGUGGUCGUCGACGCGAGUAAAGUGGAGACGUUCGAACUGGGUCCGUUUCGCGUGCCGAGGCUGUUCAAUGGCUUGUGGCAGAUGUCGUCGCCGUCGUGGGGGGCUGCGGGUGGGAGGGCGCAGGAGAAGGCGCUGGUGGAUGCGGUUGCGUGCGGGUUGACGGCGGCGGAUAUGGCGGAUCAUUAUGGCGAUGCGGAGUUGAUAUUUGGCGAUUUUAGGAUAUCGUUGGUUCCUGGAGUCCGGGAUACGGUGUUUGCUGCGACGAAAUGGUGCGUCUUCUCGCCGAUUUCAACGCCAAUAACCACGUUGCUCGUACUCGACGCAGUGCGUGAACGAUGUCGACGUCUAAGGGGACGAGUCGAGCUCCUCCAAUUCCACUGGCAAGACUACGAAUCCAAACAAUACCUAGAUAUCCUCGUCGAACUUAUCCGCAUCACGAAAUCGCAUCCGGAGCUUGUGUCCACGAUCGGGCUCUGCAACUUCGACUCCGAACAUACGGAGGAAUGUUGCGAGUAUCUUCUCGCUAAGACUGGAGAGGUCGGAAUUGUGUCGAACCAGGUACAGUUCUCGCUUGUCGACUCGCGCCCACUGCACAAGAUGGUGCACGUAUGUGAGAAGUACGGAUUGAAACUGCUCACAUACGGAUCAUUCUGCGGAGGCUUCCUCUCCUCGCAAUGGCUCGGCCAGCCCGCACCGGAAGUAUAUCUCGAAUCGAACCAGCUCACGCCUUCGCAGCGCAAGUACUUCGACAUGAUCCAAACCUGGGGCCCCUGGCCGCUCUUCCAAGCCCUGCUCACCAUUCUCUCCACCAUCGCCUCCAAACACAACGUCAGCAUCUCGAACAUCGCCACGAGAUGGGUACUACAAAAACCGAGCGUCGGCGCCGUGAUAGUCGGGACACGAUUAGGCGUCUCAACCCACGUAUCCGAGAACGAGCGAGUAUUCGAGUUUACGCUCGACGAGGCCGACGUAUCCGCCAUCGACGCCGUGGCGCUAGGGGUCCGGGGGGAAAGGAGUCUGGCGCUUUACGAGAGGCUGGGGGAUUGUGGGGGGGAGUAUCGGGGGGUGCAUUAGUGAUCUACGUGCGUAUUGUGAGACAUUGUCGAGGAUUAAGAGAUACCUAGGGGUGUACCUAGAUAAGCAGAUAGGUACCUAUUGUAACAAAAACCAGGUAUCGUCAGAACAGUUACAAUUUCAGGGCUCAAU